AUGGUACUAUGUAUUCAUAUACUCGCAAUAACUCUACACUCCUGUAUGGUGUACGUAUGAAUACAUACCCCCGUAUGUACCAUACGGCAUACACCACCUUUUUGUCUCUCUGCUUCUCUGCUCCUAUAAUAACCCCGUCUGCACCAUCCUUUCUCCCCUCGCAGCUUCACUGCUAGAACAUAGAAAGUAGACCUAUAUCACAUCACAUCACAUCACAGCACAUCACUUCACCGCACAUCACAUCACAUCACAUCACUUCACUUCACUUCACAUCACUUCACUUCACUUCACAUCACUUCACAUCACUUCACUUCACUUCACAUCUCUCAUCGCUACUUAAAAGGAGUCUGUCCCAAAUAGUGAAAACUGUUGUUACAAACUCUUGACAUCCAGCCUUUGAACUGUCCUGUGUGUGCUCGUGACCUUGGGUCGUUCUUACCAUACAUAGUCCCAAUCCCGAUUGCCCUGACGAUUCCACAACGGGAAAGACUAGCAUCAUCAUAUCACCACCAACUCGCGUCGAUCCCUCAUUCUCAAUCCUCAAAUGGGCCGAAGAGAUUACGACUCGUUCCAGGUAUCGCAGCGUUCCAACGCUCUCGCCUUCGGGCCGCGCCAUGUCUUCUCAGCCUCGUCGCCCUACGGAGCCUCGUCCAUAAACCUCAAGUUCCGCGCCCAUGCCUCCGUUCUCGCACAGGUCGACGGCAACGGGCCCGCACGACCGCGCGGCCUCGUCGGUCCGCCCAUGGGCGGCUUAGGCGGAGAUGGAGGAGCGCUGGGAAAGAGACAGAACAUCAGAUCCCUCAUAACGCCGGAGAUGAACAUGUCAGCUCGGCGUGCUCGGGUAGAGGGCGUCAACGUGGUUGUUAGGCAGAAGCGCAGGCCGUCUUCGACGUCGGUGAGGUCAGUUGCGUCGUCCGUCCGCUCGCGGAGGAGGAUGCAGGGACCGAAGCCGACGCUGCUUAGCCUCCCGACCGAGGUCUUGGGUGUUAUAUUCAAGGACUUUGAGCAGAAGGAGCUGCGCGAUGUCAUGCUGGUGCACUCGGCUUUGACGGAGGCUGCGGCGAACUUGAUGUACCACACCCCUCUGUUCGCAUCGACCUACCGCUUUGCGCAGUUCGCGUAUACGGUCAGCCACCAGAAACACUAUGGUGAUAGGGUGAGGGUGCUGGAUGCCAGCGGGUUUGCGCAGGUUGCGCAGUUUGAGAGACAGCCGGAGGCGGGGUGGAGGGAGUGGAAGUUUAGGAACCAUGAUCUUUAUCAGGGAAGAUCGAGGCUGCAUGUGCCGGAGAGUAGGCCGACGAGGAGGCGGAUGACACACAGGAAACAUCCACAGCCGAACCCCUUCCUCGAGGCCUGGGCACUCUCUCGUGAUAUCCCACUCGGUGGAUUAUGCCACGCCAUUCAAUCAUGCCAGUACCUCAACACCAUCAACAUCUCCCGCAUCCAACUCGCCGAGGACUUCCUCAUCGUCGACGACAACUCCCCCCCCUCCGCCUGGACAGACACCAUCUACGUCUCCGACCUCCCAAAUCCUGGUCCUGGAACUCCCAAGAGCUCCGUCCCAUCUACAACAUCUACAUCAUCGACCAGCUGCGCAAGCUGAAGCACCUCGAGACCGUCAUCGCCAACAACGGCGUCUUCCUGAGCACGCUGAUGAUCCAGGAGCUGGUCGAUGGCGCGCACCCGAGCCUCAAGUACGUCGACUUCGAGCACUCGGGCAUGGCGCGCUCGAAGCCUUGGGCGAUUAAGGGAACGAGAGAGCAGGUUGUGAAGGUUAUUAGGGAUAUGGAGAAGACGACCCGGCGGAGCCCGGAUCCGAGGAGGACCUAUUUGACUCGUGGCUGAGCAUUAGCUUUUCGGCGAGAAUUUGUGGUUCUCGGUCAGGUUUUUUGGCCACGACAGGGAAUUGGGUUGGGUUUGAUUUAGCGGGUGUUUAUACAUAGAAGGGGGGGACUGGCGAAAUGGUUGGACAAUCCUCAACUAACAUUGAGCUCUCUGGAUUAGGAGAGCGAGAGAUCAUAUUAUUUAGUAAUUAGCUAUAAUCCAACGCGCCCCGUGGGCAGCAUUUUUGAAGCAG